AUGAGCUUUUCCGUGGAUCGUGCCAAAGUCAAGCUUGCAGCGCUGGUUCCCACGCAGCAAAGCAUCCAGACGACCUCACAAUGGAUUAUGUUUCAUUAUCGGGAGGCUUCCACCAUUGUGGAUCUGUGGGUCAAGGAAAUAACGUCUCAGCCAAACAAAUUAACAUUAUUCUACUUGGCCAACGACAUUGUCCAAUUGAGCCGCAAAGAUCCCAGAAACGCAGGCUUCACGGAGGGAUUUAAGAAAGUGCUCCCACAAGUGCUCCAACAGAUUAAUCCAGGUGCAGACAGACCCAAGUUCCUUAAAGUUCUCCAGGUCUGGAAAGAUAGAAAUAUCUAUCCCAGCGAUUACGUGAAUAAGCUAAUGAACCUCAUAGGACAGCAACCGGCACAGACCCUCGCGCAGCACAAAACUCAUCAGACGGAGCCUGCUGCUUAUCAGAAAUGUCCUUCAGAACUGAUCGAGGCGGCUCUUCAGUAUGACCAUUUAAAACAGAUAUCCUCUGCCACAAGCACAAAAUUUGCCAGUCUCUCGGAAACGUACCAGAGCACCUUAAAAGCGGAAAAUCUUCCUGAACCGCACAUCCUGGUCGGUCAACUGGAAGGGCUUGUGAAAGGCAGCGAAGCGUUGGAAACUAGCAUCAAAAACCAGACAGAGUUGAGAGAAAAACUCAUCGCUAGUCUCGAAUCUCUAAUUCAGGUCCAGCGAGACUGGAUAAACCUCGAUCAAACGAAACUGGAGAAAUUGGAUUCGAUCAAAAAUUCUGCUCAACAGCGUAAGACAGAGAUCGAGAACACCCUCAAUAACGACGAUGACGACGAAGAGCUUCCCACAUACAAAGGUGACGAGGACGAGGAGGAUGUGCCUGGCUACAGCAAUGGGGAUGAGAUUCCUAGCUACGGUAAUGGAGAUGAAGCACAGGACAACGAUGUUCCCACCUACGAGACUCCUUCGGAUUUCAUCUCCAGCUUUACGGCCGAAAGCAAACGGUCCGCUCCAGAGGACGAGGAAGAGCCGCCUGCCAAACGCCAGGAGAUUCCUGUUAAUGUAGAUCUCAAUGCUCUGCUGAGCAAAUUGCAAUAA